CGCAGCCGGAGAGUGUCGCCGCCGCGGCUCGCCUCCUGGCAACGGGCACACGCGGGUCCUCCUCCCGGGGACAUCACACUCCGGCAUCCGUUCUUCCCUGCCUCUGUCCCCGAAGGCAGGCAGGCAGGCUGGCUGGCUGGCUAGCUAAACCCACACGUCGCGUCUUGGCCUCGCUCACACGGAGAGCUACCCUCCUCCUCCUCUCCUUUUUUUACUCUUUUCUCUCCUUUUCUUUUUUCUCCCCCGACUCGCAAAUGACGUUUUUUUGCGGCGCAACAGAAGCGGAUUAUUCACGAUGUUUUCGGCGUGGUGUGAACCCCGCGGAGAAAUAACUGGGCUUUUUUUCCUCCUUUUUUUUUUUUUUUUUUUUGGUAUCACUCCCCCACCAACACCACCACAUUAUCACACCGGAGGACCGGCCGUGCUUCGUUAAAAAUGGGGGAAAAAACAGGGGACACAAUGCAGCAGGCAUGUUCUGCAUUCUUCAGGAGCUCCACGCCGUCGGUGUGAAUGAGUGGUGGCCGUAGGUCGUCCUGAGCGGGCCAGGUUCCUGCGCGACAGCCCCCCGCGGCUGACUGGGAGGAGUCGAGCGGAGAGCAGACGUCAGCGCCCAGGGGGACCCGAGGCCUGGUUCUCCACAUGAGGCCCUGCUGAAAGGGCAGGGGGGGCUUCUGAGUGCGCCCGAGGGCCGUUGAAAGCCCCCUUGGGGGAUUUUCAUAAAUACACAAAGAACAAGAAAAGCCUUCUGGACUAUUGUUUUUGUUUUUACACAUUUUCCAUUUCACACACACACACACACACACACACACACACACACACACACACACACACACACACAUCCACACACACACACCGACACGUACACACACACACACACUCCCACUCAAGACAAGGACGUAGGGAGAAUGUUGGAGGUGCAGGAGGAGAGGCCAGCGGCGGCAGGUACAGCAGCGACACAUUUCAGCAAGAAGGAGCGAGGGAAGAAGGAGAGGGAGGAGGCCAAGGACAGCCGGGGGAGCCUGUCCAACAUCACCAAUCCUGUUUCUGGCUCCAGGAACGUGCGUGCGAAAGCGCCGCUCUCACACACAGGCAGCCCUCACCAGCUCAUCACUCCACCCUGUUCUGUAGUCCUGGGAGCCCCAUCAAUGCACUCCAAUAGGCUAAAGAACUCCCCGUCCACCAACACGCAGAGCCCUAAACCUAAGACGGAGGCCAUGGUACGGUCCCCUCCUGUCAUGUCCCCUUCCACUGCUUCCCAGAUGGACUCUAAAAUGCCCAAUCAGGGCAAACCAGGAAGCACGGGCAGCCAAUCACAGCCCUCCCCCUGUGACCCCAAAUCCAUGGGUGCCAAAGGGGCUCAAAAUGUGUCGGGAGGAAUGGGGCUGAAAAACGGCCAGGGCCUGACGUCCGGUCCGAGCUCCAAGGUGAAGGUGAAGAGGGAACGGAGCACCUCUGUGGAGUCGUUUGAGCAGCCGGAGGGUGGCACACCCACCAACGAGGACAAAGAUAACAGCAGGGCCAAGAGGAUUUGUGUUGCAGAGAGGAGGCAGCCGUACAGCGGAACCGACUGGUGCUCUGGAGGAGAAAGCGAUGAAGACGACAAAAGUUUUUUCAACUGUAACUCGAGCGACGUGAAGCCCCAGGACUCGCAUUCUACCUCCAACGCCGGACUCAGUCGCUCCUCCACGCCUUCCCACAAUACAUUGGGAGGCCAAGGCUCCACGACAGAACCUGCCAGCGGCCAGAAACCGGGCCCAAAGCUCGUCUACGUCUUCACCACGGAGAUGGCGAACACGGCAGCUAAUGCAGUUCUUACUGGCCAGGCAGAAAACAUCAUUACCUUCCACGUGAAAAACAUCAGCAAGGAUAAAGCUCACCUGCUAGUGAACAACGCAUUCGGCGUCCUGCAAAUUGACUCGAAGUCUUCUCAGCAACCUCCGUCCCACGCGCAAGAUCAAAGCCACCAGCCAGGAUCGAAGCCGUCCUUAACUGGAAUGGCAGAGCAAGCACUUCCACAGGCUUCGAGUCAAGGGGGUCAACCCUGUGUUCUUCCCCAGGAGGGGUCGUCCUCAGCUGGCUCAGAAUCCAAAAAUAUUCCUGGCAGCAGCCCCGGUAACCCUGCAGCCCCUGUUGACCAGGCUCCCGUCGCCCAGCCGGAGGCAGGCCUCAACCCGCCGACAUCUGUCGAAGGAGGACAAGGCGGAGGCACAGGUGGAUCGGGUCUGACGCCCCAGCAGCAGCAGCAGCAACAGCAGCUGGCGCAGGAGCUGCUAAACAUGGAGGCCAACACAGAAGGCUUGUCUCAGGAACAGCUAGAACACCGGCAGCGGUCCCUGCAGACCCUACGAGACAUCCAGCGCAUGCUUUUCCCUGACGACCGCGAUGCCCCGCCUCCCGGGCCCCCGCAGACCCACGUUGGACCCCACGACGGAGGUCCUGAUGGUCCACCUCGGCGACCUGAGCAGGGACCUCUACAGGCCAUGAUGGCACAGUCUCAGAGCCUCGGACCGCCAGGCGGGCCUGUAGGGCCCCGUCCACAAGGUCCUCCCUUUGGGCCGCCACACGGUCCUAGGGACAUGCCUUUAUUUCCAACCGAUGACAUGGUCCCGCCAGGAGGCCCCGGAGGGCCGGGCGGGUGCGGUGACGGAGAUCAGAUGACCCCAGAGCAGGUGGCGUGGCUGAAGUUACAGCAGGAGUUUUAUGAGGAGAAAAGGAAAAAGCAAGAAAUGCAACACCGGCCACUUCCUCCAGACAUGAUGCAUCCUGGGCCACGGGGCAUGAUGCGAGGGCCCCCACCCCCUUAUCAGAUGGGUCCUGGAGAGAUGUGGGGGGGGCCAGGUGGUCCGCCAGAGCAUUACCCAGAGCGAAUGGGCAUGGGGCCCGGUCCCAGGGGAAUGGGCCCUCAUAUGCAGAGGAUGCCUGGCUUCUCUGGCAUGAUGAAUCCUGAGAUGGAGGGCCUGCCAAGGCCGGGAAUGGGCUGGCCUGACGACAUGCCUCCACGGAUGGGAGAAGCCCGGGGCUUCCCCGGAGGGCCUGGAGGAAUGUUUGCUGGUCCGGGGCCUCGCGGUGAGCGUUUCCCGAACCCCCAGUCCGUCCAGGAGGCAAUGUUCCACCAAGGAAUGAGCGGGGAGAAAGGCCUCCCCCCUGGGAUGAUGAUGGACGUGCAAAGGAUGAUGGGGCACCAAAGAGGUGGAAUGGAACCCGGUAACGGCAUGGGGAUGUUUCCCAGAAUGCCCGUUGAUGGCCCUAUGAGUCCGUCAUCGAGGCUUCAAGGAAUGGGGGGCAGAGAAAUGGGGCCUGAGUUUGGCAUCGGGCCCGGUCCUGGCCCAGGACCUCACAUGCACCCAUCCAAACUACGAGACGCACCCAUGAAUAUGAGUCCAGACGAAAUGAUGAGAAUGAGAACAGGCGGAGGACCUCCCAUGGAGAACAUGGGACCACAGGGCAGGCCCAUGCAGGUGCCGCCCUUCCCCGAGCAGACACCAGCAGACUUUCCAAUGGGACCCGGUCGGUCCUUCCCCGGGGGCCCCGGAGGAUUGAGGGGUCCCCAUGCAGACCCAGCAUUUGGUCCAGAGCACAGAGGCACACCAUCAGGAGGAAACGGCCGCAUCAACCAUCUUUCCUCAGCCGGUGGUCCUGCGCAGGGUCAGAGGGGCCGCAAGCCAGCAGAUCUGAAUGUCCAAGCAGGAGGGGGGAACUCUCCCAGCGUCAACCCUCUCAAGUCUCCCCCUUUGAGGCAAGUGCAGUCCCCCAUGAUGGGCUCGCCCUCUGGGAACCUCAAGUCUCCGCAAACGCCGUCCCAGCUGGCCGGCAUGCUCAGCGGUCCUACGGGCCCGAAUGCGCCUCCGGCUCCUCCGACAUCUGCGCCAAUGAAAUCUCCCCACUCCAUGAUGGGAUCAGCAGGGGCCUCUCCUGUUCACAUGAGGUCUCCAUCUCUUCCAAACCCCUCUCCAGGAUGGGCCUCCUCACCAAAACCGCCCAUGCAGAGUCCCGGAGUGCCCCCUCAGGGUGGAAAGCCUCCGCUGAGCAUCACCUCGCCAAACAUGAUGGGGGGCAUGGAGCCGGGGGGUAACGGGCCUCCCUCAGCCCCGCCCUCAUCGGGGGCUCCAUCUGGCUCCAUGUCCCUUCCUGGCAACGUCCCGUCUGGCAGCCCGUACACCAUUCCCCCGGAACCGACACUCUCCCAGAACCCGCUCUCCAUCAUGAUGUCGCGCAUGUCCAAGUUUGCCAUGCCUAGCUCGACCCCACUCUACCACGACGCCAUAAAGACCGUUGCCAGCUCCGACGACGACUCGCCCCCAGCGCGCUCUCCCAACCUGCCUUCAGUGAACAACGGUAUGGCAAUGAAUCACCAAGGAAAUCCACGCAUGAUGGGACCUGGAAACACUGGACCAAUGCCUGCGCUCAGUCCUCUGGGCAUGAAUCCCUUGGGAUCCCAACCUCUGUCUCAUGGCAUGCCCCCCCAGAUGCCCUCUCCAAAUGCCCCCAACAUGGGCCCAGGCAUGAUGUCCCACGGCAUGAUGAUGCAACCAAACCCACAGGACCCCGGUAUGCCAAAUCCUCAAAUGAUGCCCCAAGGACGCAUGGGUUACUCCCACCGGAACCAGGGAUAUCCCCUCACCCAGUCGCCAUCCCAACAAGGCCCCUUCUCCCCACACAACGGCCCCGGGCCCCAGGGCUUCCCUGGUCACCCUAUGGGGUUCCAGGGCGAGCCCGGACCUAUGGGAGGACGGAUGGGGAGCAUGCCUCAUGGGGGAGGGGGUGAUCCGGGCAUGUGCAAGCCUAAUACCCCGGGCGGGCCAGAGUUUAACAACAUGCAAGGAGGGUUUGGAGACGCAGACCUUCAUGAGGUGAUGCGGCCUGGGGCCUCUGGCAUCCCCGAAUUUGACCUGUCCAGGAUAAUCCCGUCAGAGAAACCCAGCCAGACUCUGUCGUACUUCCCCAGAGGUGGAGGCGAUAACCCCGGGGGCAAACCGCCCCAUCCGUCUGGAUUCCCCAUGCAGGGCAUGAUGAGCGACGGCCCCCCACGGAUGGGGAUGCCCAUGCAGGGGAUGGGGGGGAUGUCGGGGGGACCCGGUGGGGGUAUGGGUCCCCAAGACAUGCCGAUGGGCAACCCGGGUCACAACUCGAUGCGGCCUCCAGGAUUUAUGGGCCAAGGCAUGAUGGGCCCCCAGCACCGGAUGAUGUCUCCUGGGGGUCCGGCGGGGAUGAUGCAGGGGAGACAAAUGGCCCACCCAGGCCCCGGUGGCUCACCCAACAUGAUGAUGUCACUACAAGGCAUGGGUGGCCCUCCACAGCAGACGAUGAUGAUGGGGGGCCAAAUGAGGCCUCGUGACAUGGACAUGGGGUUCAGUCCGGGCCACGGGAUGUUCUAACCCAACAGAACCUUGUAACUAGAAUGUUCUGGGACAGGAACACAAGGAAGAUAACAAAGAAACAAACAGAAAAAGACCAGGGAGUGUAGCAAGCGUUGAGAAACAGACGGACUCAAGUAGAGGAGACGAAAACACUAACGCGUGCGACCGGAAAAUGAGCUGUGUGAAGCCGACCUGUCGCCUGGUGAGGUCUCAUGGGGACGAUUCCCGCUGCGCAGGCUUAAGAUGGGGCCUGGUUCCGUGUACUUUUUGCCACACAAACGUUGAAUUUCGACUCAAGAACUCGCAGAAUGUACGAGAUUGUUGUGCAUCAAUUUCGCAGAACUGUCAGUGUUUUUUGUUUUGUUUUUUGUUUUUUUUGGAUUAUCCGACUGUAAAGAUGACUCUGACGUCAAAAAGGAACCAACCUUAAAAGUAAAAGUCAGCGUGGAGAUGCUACAGUAUAUGUCAACUUUUUUUUUUUUUUUUCAAAUAAUGAAAAAAAACAAACAAAAAAAACAAAACAAAAAAAAGAAAAAUUUGUCACAAAAGUGAUCUGGAACCAGAGAAAGGAGGAGGAAUACUUUGUGCUUUGUGAAGACUUUAGUGGAAAUCCAUCUUGUCUCUCGCUCCAUUGUUUUUUGACUGUUUCUGUACAGUAUAUACGUGAGGGUGAGUGUGUGUGUGUGUGUGUGUGCUUGGCAGGUUGUAUGUGUGUGUCUGUAUGUAUAGGCAUUCUAUCAGUGACCUCUUAACGCCUCUUACCCAGCUUUCAUUGGGGUGGAGGAACGCCCCCUUAAAAAUACUGUACGGUUUACCAUUGGUGGGCUAUUCAAAUUUUAGUCUAUUUUAAUUUCCUUUGUAACUCCAGUGUAUAACAAACCAAACUAUGACCUCAUUAAGAUAAUAGUAUUAUUAAAAAAAGCACAAACAUGGACCACCUGCAGAAAGCGUCUUCUUUUCUCUGUUUCUAACAUGUGAGGAUCCACCGCCAUCAAACUGUUUUCUUUUUUUUUUUUUUUUUGCCACCCAAAACCUUCAGGACUUCGCCGGCGUGAAUAAUCCUGCUACUACCCAGACGUGCUAUGUGUCUUCUUCUUGUUCCUGUUGUGUUCCUGUUUUUUUUGUUUUUUGACUUGUUGACUCUGGGUAAUAAUCAUUCCCACAGCAAUAAUCCGUGAGGAGAUGAUGGGCCGCAGACGGGGAGGUGAGCCGCUGAAAGCAGGAUUGUCAGGUAUUCUAGAGGUAGAGCUAGGUAGGACCCGGGCAGCCUUUUUUUUUUUUUUUUUUUUUUUUUCCCCCCCGAGGUGAGGUCUCCAGAGCGGGACGCGAGGAAAUGUAAACACGUACUGCUUACCAUCCAGUUGACUUCAUCUCUUUUAUCUAUUGUAUAAGCUUGUCAUGUGUUUCUCCAUUGGCUUUGGUGCAGAAGAGCCUAAACCAGGGCUGUUGGUGAUGGACUACAAAUAAAAGAUAUUGUUUUGGUAUAUA